GUGUGUGUGUGUGUGUGUGUGAGAGAGAGUAUUUGUGUGUGUGUGUGUGUGUGUGUGUGUGUGUGUGUGUGUGUGUGUGUGUGUGUGUGUGUGUAUGCACUGAUUCUCCAGCUGGUGGCGCUGUUGUGUUAAAAAUAUUCUUAAAAGAGGUCAGAGAUUUAUUUGGAUCAGGUUUAAUCAUAGUUAUAUAAAAAUGAAAUCAGAAAAAUGUAGGCAAUAUGAAAUAUGCAUUCAUUAUAUUAUUAUUAUAUUCAUAUUUUAUUAAUUUAAUUGACAUUUUUAUUAAAAAAAAAAAAAAAUCAACUAGUUUCCAGGAAAGCUUUUUCCUUCUCAGUAGGAUGAACUAGAAGAAUAAAAACUACAAGUGAAAUAAAGUUGUAAAGAGGAAGUGUCUCUGUUUAUUACUGACUGAAGAUGAAGAUGAUCUGAAGAUGACUCAGAACUUCACUCCUUUAACAGUCUGUGUGACGCUGAACAUUCAUACUCAGAAAACAUGCUGAAAAAUUAUUAAUAUUAUUUAAUAUGUAUAUAUAUAUAUAUAUAUAUAUAUAUAUAUAAAUAUAUGUAUGUGUGUGUGUAUAAAAUAUAACUGUGUGUUAUAAAGUAAUAUUUUAAAAUGAUGUCAUAUGUUUUCAGAGCUAUUGGUUUGUUUUUAAAAUGCUUUUAAGUGUUAUAAUUUAAUUCUUAUUUUUUUAAAACAGCAAUAACACCAAAAACGAGCCUCAUUCAAGCGGAUCUGCAGAUAUUAAAGUGAUCUAAAUAUAUUCCUGUCCCACUUCAAACUGCAUUAUUUAGUCCAAUUAAAAUGUGUGUAUGAAUGCGGACAACAAUAAUGAUGUAAUGGCUUUGCAAUGCGAACGAGAUAAAUACACUAAUAUCGUAGCCUGCUAUAUUUGUGUUAUGUUCAUGGAUCAAGCUUGAAACGAGGCACGCAGAUGAAUGAAAAACAUAACGGAGUUGGUCUGUUUCGUCUCUCCAUCCACAAAGGCCCGGACAUGAAUGGACUUCAAGGUUAGUGCGUGAUUUCAUCAGACGAUCAAAACGUCUUCUUUUGUGUUUGGAUUCGGAGCACCACGAAGAGCGCUUGGGCCGAACGACUAAACCUGAAAGAUUCCUUUAAAGCGACAGCUCGCCAAAAAUGGAUGGGUGCCGUCGGAAUGAGCGUCCGAUGAAAAGCUCAGAACAGUCCAUCGGUGAACAUCCGGAGGAGAUCAAACGAGUCCACGAGCUCAGAAUCCGUAAUGGCUCUUCCUGUUUCCUGUUUUAGAUCAGUGCAGAUUUCUCUCCUGAUUCAGACCAGAACACGUUUUCCGUUAUUACAGAUUACGGAUAUAUUUCAGACAUCAAAAGCAUCCCUUUUGUGAGCUUUUUAUCAGCCGUGUGGACUCUGAUUCUGACGGCACCCAUUCACAUCCGAGCGCUCCUCCUGGUCUGGGACGUCCCGAGGCUGAGUGAGUGUUUGCGCUGUUCCUUUAAGAGCGGCGGCCGUAGAUGUCUCACAUAUCCCGAGUUCAGAGCGUCUGUGUGGGUUUAUAUAUAGAAUAACACUGGUUUCUUCUCGCAGGUGGCGUCUGCUUCGUAUCUGCUCUGACGCUCCCACGCCGGGAGGCAGCUGACCCCAUCUUCUCAUUCUGGUUUCUGGUUCCAGAUUCCGCUGAAACACCGGGUCUGGAUCUGGAAGGAAAGUGAUCUGAUGAUCGUGAGUCAGACGCUCCAAAAUAGAGUCAGAAAUACUCCAUGCACGCCUGAGGAGGAACCACAGACGAGCAGAACUCAACAUCAACCUCCUGCUGCCGGAUCCAUCGAUCUACAAAGACACGAAACACACUCGCGUCUGGCCUUGCUGAGCAGAGGACCCCGACCUUUGACCCCGAGCGUCGGUCUGAUCAUGAGCGCCUCCGCCGGACAUCUGAACACUUCGGCCGUGUUUUCUCCGGUGGGCGUGGCCCGUGUGUGUCAGCUGACUCUAGGCUGCGCAGUCGUCUCAUUAGUGGUCCACGGAGCCGGUUACAGCGCCCCCUAUGGGCUCUUCUGCAUGUCGGCCUGGACGAGCUGCUUCGCGGUCAGCGUGGUCAUUCUGGUUCUGGACGUGACCCGUCUCCAGGCGAGUCUCCCUCUGUCCUGGGAGAACCUGACGGUGGCGUUGGCGUCUCUCGCCACGCUGCUGUCGCUCACGGCGUCGGUCGCAUAUCCAGUGUUCUUCGUGCGCGCCGACGACUGUCCAUACAACGACUGCGAGGUCAGAAACCUGCGGAUAGCGGUCAGCGUGUGCUCGGGGGCGGCGUGCGUGUCGUACGGGGCCGAGGUGUUCCUGUCGCGAGCCGGACCGGGGCGCAGGGGGAGCUACAUGGCGACGGCGCCCGGCGUCCUGAAGGUGGCGCAGAUCUUCGUAGGAUGCCUGAUUUUCGCGCUGCUUGCCGCCGGGACUGAUUUCUCGCGGCAGGCGGCGACGCUGUACUGCGUGGCGGUGUUCGGCGCGUGCCUGGCCGGGUCCGUCCUGCUGGUGGCGCUGGUGGUGUCGGGCCGGAGCGCGGCGCUGCGGAUCGCGCGGAUGUCGUUCGAGCGGCUCGCUGUGAUCCAGACGUUCGUGGCGGUGCUGCUGUACGUCAGCUCCUCCGUGCUCUGGCCCGUCUUCUGCUUCGACAGGAAGUACGGCGCUCCGCUGCGGCCGCAGGGCUGCCCGAGGGGCAAGUGCUCAUGGGACGUGAAGCUCGCGGUCGCUGCGAUGAGCUUCUUAAACCUCACGCUUUACAUCGCCGACCUCGUCUGCUCCCACAGGAGCCGCCCGGCGGAGCAGCGGAGCCGAUUCUGAACUUAAAAUACAAUCUGAUGUGCAACAGAAGUGUCGUUUAUUUUUUUGGUAUUAAUAUUUUUAAUUGCUUUGAUUUUACGUUUUUUAUUUUCACUUUACAAGUUUUUGUGAUUUUGUUUGUUAAAUGUUUUAUUUUAACAUUGCUUGAUUUAAAUGUAACAUUUUUGUUCGUUUGUAGUUUAUUUCACUUAUUUAUGGACUUUAUGUACAUUUUAUCUAGUUGCCAAAGCAAUAUUUCCCAUUUUU